AUGUUUUACAACAGCCCCGAAGGGAGCCACUCGGAUAGUUUAGUCGACUUAAUUGUGCAUCAAAAAGGUGCAACAGCCUCGAUUUGUGAGAAAGGCACAGCUGGUCUUACAAGUCUCUCAGAUAUAUGUGCAAGCCUCAAACAAAAGAUUGAAGCCUUGCAACCAGUCGAAAAAUUCCUCAUGGAUGCUGUUGAAUGCUUGCCUGAAGACUACAUCUCCAAGUCUCACGAUCCGUUGCGCUCGCUGAUGCUGCGAUAUCAAUCACUAAUAGAUGCACGCAAGCAUUUAUUGAAGGAAUGGGAGGAGAAACAAAUCCGGCUUGAAGAGGAGCUUUUACAAUCGACUACGGCAUCAAGGAAUCAAAAGCAAGUGGUGAUAGAAAAGGUGGCCAACGUUCAUGAUGUGUUGGACGAGGCCGAUGGACUGCGUGACCGGAUUCAUCAUUUCGACAAGACCAUUGACCGAGAGAAGACGUGUAUUACUCUUCAGCUCAAUGAAUUCAACCUGAUGAGCCGAAGCAUUCGUAAUAUCACCGCAAAGUGUGUGAACAUGCUGAAAGACCUAGAGUACCACCAACCCUUGCCUGCUCCUCCUGAGAAAACCCGUCUUUGUGAUUGUCUACAACUCAUCGAGUAUGUGAACAGUAGCAAAGUCCUUUCCGCUAUUCCUGGGUUCGCAUUCUGA